AUGACAAUCUCUCCCGCCCCAGCCCUGCAGCUGACCAGUGAGAGCAAGACCUUCUGGAGGGUGGAAGAGGAGCUGAGCUGGUCUGAGGCCCUGGAGUGCUGCCGGCAGCACCGCACAGACCUGGCCGACCUGCAGAGCAUGAGCGACGGGAGCAACAUCAAGACCCUCUAUUCCCUUACCAGCAGCACCGCGGCCUGGAUCAGCCUCUUCUUCCACGUGCGCCUUGGGGGCCUGAGAUGGUCCAGCGGCUCCACCUUCAGCGUGCCAGUGUGGAGCUCCGCCGUCUUCGAGGAGGGUCUCUGUGCCACUCUGUAUUCAGUAGCCAUUUUCCCCAGCCUGGGGGCCGCCUCGUGCACUGCUCAGAAGCCCUUCAUCUGCUACUACGAUCCUGCCCUGGAGCCCCACACCCUCCUGGAACCGGCUCUCAGCCUGACCACCUCUCCAAAGCCAGCUGAGGUUCAGAUUGGCAAUCUGAACUUCAAGCAAUGUGACCAAGAAAGGAAGUGGCUGGCAGCUGUGAGGUACUGCCGCAGACACCGCACAGACCUGGCUGACCUGCAGACAGUGACUGAGGAGACAGACAAGGAGGCCUUGAAAUCCAUCACGAGUUAGACUGAGGCCUGGAUUGGCCUCUACUUCAGUGCGGCCUCUGGGUCUCUGAGAUGCUCCAGUGACGUGGGUGCCAGCGUCCCGACCUGGCUGCAGGUGCCUGAGUUUGGGGCAGGACUAUGUGCGGGUCUCCGCAGCUACUGGAGCUUCUCCGCCAGAAUUUCUGCAGUGGCCUGCUUUUCCCUGAAACCCUUCAUCUGCUUCCAUGACCCCACCAUUGGACACCGGGAGUCAGCAGCCCUCCCUCAGCUCUCCUUCACACCCUCCUCAGAAGUGACCAUGGGGACAACGCCCAGGCCAAGCCGCACCUGGCGGGGUCAGAAGGCCCUCCUUGCUUCGCCCUGUCUGCGAUGGGUGUGCAGGGCCGGGCGCGGAAAAACCGCGCGCCGCGCACCGCGGUCCCCCCCCACCCCACCCCGCAUCCCCUCCCCGGCCGCUCGGCGCAGCGGGCCCCACGGAAGCCUUCUCUCUGGCGUAGGGGCCAGCGCCGGCCCCGCGCAGGGUCCGGCUGAGGCGGCGCGGCUCCCGCAGCUAGUCAGCCCGGAGCCCGCCGAGCUCGGCCCCCGCCCACCCCCGCCCCCCGCGCCGCCUCCUUCGCGGGCCCUGAGGCGCCGGAGACCUAAGGGACGGCGGCGCCGAGCCCUCCGACCCACCUCGAGAUCCCUGGGGCGGGCCCGGGACGCCGCGGGGGGCGCAGCGGGCCCCUCGCCCGGCUCCACCCGCGGGGCCUUGGCUCAGCCGGGGAUGGCGGCGCCCCCCGGGUCUGCCACGUCCAGCCGGUCCCGCAGCGCCGAGCUUCUGGGUACGGAAGAGAGCACCUCGGAGCCUUCCGGCUCAGGGAGCUCGGCUGGGCCUCAGAGAACAACGGCGCGCCAGGACGCGGUAGCUCCGAGCCAGGCCGCACGCCCGAGACCGCUGGCAGCCGGCCAGAGCCUGAGACAGCUCAGGGGCAGUCACCAAUCUCAGACCACCUUGCUUCUGGCUGUAUUUGCAAUAACUCCUUUAUUUUCCCCUCUUGUAGCUGUGACCAGUGAAAGGAGUGGCACUGAUACGACAGAUGCAGCUAUUGCCACUCAGGCCCAACAUUUGAGCUCAUCUAAUCACCCAGAUUCUAAAGAAAACACUCUAGCACCAAAACCAGGGUAACUCUUUGGAAUCCUGAAAGCAGAUUUUCUUAUCCCAGUUCUGAUGCACCCAGAAGACAUGAAAGACCAAUUUUUGAGUGAGAUCCAAGAAGUCUUAAAGCUUACAUUAGGUCAUGAGCAAUUCAGAUUGAAAUGGGUUGGCUUUGAAGUAAACAAAAAAUAG